AUACCGUAACUGUCUAUUUCAAUCAUUACGUUAAGUACUUCCCAGAUAGAUUUGUUUCUACUUGUAGUGAAUUCAUGAAGUCAAAAAGAAAAUGAAUGGAAAUAUAAGAGAAAUUGUAAGCUGAACUUGUAAACUCCUACGAAAUGGUGCGCGCAUUAUGUGAACUUCUGCUGAAAAUCAUGUAUAUGGGUUUUUUAAUAUAUAUAAUAUCGUGUUGGUUGAUCUUGCUUAUGUGCAGUGAUCUUUUUGGGAUAUAGAGCGUGCUCUUCAUGACUUUUAUAUCUAGCGCGUUUUAUGGCUUUUUUUUCAAGGAGUUCACAUUUGUAAAUGAAGCUUCCUAGCUCUUACCGUCUCCGAUUCUCUUUAUAAAAAAGCUAGAUUCGAGAGAUUCUGUGCUUCUCUCAACCGGUACCAUCUAGUACUUUGUCUUGAGUUGAUUCGGUGCUGUUGGUUGCUCAGUGUUGUGUUUUGAGGAGUAAAUUUGUUUUUAGUCUUUGAUGGCGCCGAAGAGGAUGUUUGAUCACGAGGAUAACGAAGAUUUUGGACGGUCGACGAGCAGACGAGUACUUCCAAUCUGGCCUUUUCGACGUGCGAUUUCAGAGCGUGAAUUUCAGAUUAUCUGUGAGCCUUUUGUUCGAAAAGUGGUACGGGGGGAAGUGGAACGUAUUUUGCAGCUACAACCUGAACCAUGUCCAAGACGCGAACUUCAGCUGGGUGCAACAUCUGGAGUGAGGAGCUUGCAUCUGCGCUUUGUCAAUUGCUUGCCCUCUACCAUAUACACCAACAAUGUUAUAAAAUCUGAGGAUGGUAAUCCCAUCAGAAUCGAACUGAUCGAUACUAGGUCCAGGACUAGGGUCAAAUCUGGCCCUCUUUCUUCAAUAAAGCUUGAUAUUGGUGUCCUCGAUGGUGGAUUCCAGUUCGAUGACCAAGAAGACUGGACAGAGCAGGAAUACAAUGCCAGUAUCUUACGUGAAAGGGAGGGUAAAAGGCCAUUAGUGGUUGGGAACCUGAAAGUCACCUUGGCUGAAGGUGUUGGUGAUGUUGGUGAAAUCCAUUUUACUGAUAAUUCAAGCUGGGUGAAAAGUAGGAAGUUUAUCUUGGGAGCAAAAGUUGAAAAAAAGCAUUCUGGUGAAGGAAAUAUCAGGGAAGCUCGAAGUCAAUCUUUCAUGGUAAAAGAUCACCGUGGAGAAUUAAAUAAGAAACACAAAACUCCAUCCAAGAGUGAUGAGGUAUGGCGUUUGAAAAAUAUAGCAAAAGACGGUCCAAACCAUAAGCGGCUGACCGAUUCUGGAAUUGAAACUAUUGAUCAUUUACUGUGGCUAUAUGCAAUGGAUCCAUCCAGUGUACGCAAAAUUUUUGAUAAGUUUUCGGAUGGAAGGUGGGAGAAAGUUAUAGAACAGGCAAUGGCAUGUGUUGAAAAUGAUUGUAACCUUUAUGCUUACCACGGAGCAGAAGAAAUUGGCCUCCGGUUUAAUUCCAUCUACCAGGUUGUGGAGGCAGCAUUCGAUGGGCAUAAUUACUUGCCUGUGCAAACACUGACCUCAGAUCAGAAGCGUGUGAUAGAAGUUGUGAAACAGCAAGCUUAUAAAAAUAUAAAUGAUUGGGUCCUGGUCGAUGACCCAUCAGCUUACAGCUUUUCAAGGCCCUCAAGAAGCCUACAAGAUGAGCCAUUUAGUAUUCCAGAACAAGGUCUGCCACAAGUUGACUUCCAAUUCAAACAUGAAGAUCAACAACAAACAUGGCAGAGUUUCAACAAUACACAUCCAAGCAACAGUUUAAUGGAUAACAUUUACAUUGGAUGUUACGAUGGAGAGGGGUCAGUUUACAAUGGAGAGGGGUCAGUUUUGCCAAGUGUUGAUACAACAGUUCCUGACAUUUCUCAGUUUCGAGUUCCAAAUUGUGGUACACAAUGGGGGCAGGGAACUGAUUUAAUCUCUGCUUUGAGCAACAAAAAAGAUUGUGGCAAAUUCCCGCUUGCAAACAAUGCUGGAAAACCCAAGGUGGCAUGGGGUAUAAUUCGGGCUGCUGCCAAGUGGUGUGCAGUCUGGCGAUGUGUGGCUUCUAGAAGAAUGGCAAGGCCAAUUUUUAAUUAUUAAUUUAUUAGAUUCUUGUUUCAUACCACUUGGCUAAGCUUAGAUUCUAGAAGGAGCUAAGCUCCUCUUAGGUCUGUACAGUGUAAAGUGUUUUAGCCAAGGAGAAGCAAUCAAAACUCUCUUCAAGAGGGCAUUGUACAGUGUAAAGUGUUUUAGCCAAGGAGAAGCAAUCAAAACACUCUUCGAGAGGGCAUUGUACAGUGUUUUCAUUAGAAAAUAAUGUUUAUACAAUAGCUGGUUUUUUUUUUUUAACAAUCUUGUCAUCUCCUGCAUAUCGAGUGCAGCUAAGGAGAACUUGUAACAGUGUGAUUUGUGGGUCAUCAUGUUCAGUGUUUUAGCUAUCUAUGUCACAAUGGCAUUAAAAAUGUUCAGACUUACGAA